CUUUGCCAGGGACUGCCACCACCUUGGCAUUGAAAGCAAUUUCAACUACAGAAGAUUCUUCAAGUUUGCCCGUGUGUGUGUGGUGGAUAACAAGAAAGAGAACAAGAGCAAGGACAAGAGCAAGGACAAGAAAAAGAACAAGAGCGAGGACGAGAGCGAGGACAAGAAAGAGAUCAAGGGCAAGUGCAAGGACAAGAAAAAGAACAAGAGCGAGGACGAGAGCGAGGACAAGAAAGAGAUCAAGGGCAAGUGCAAGGACAAGAGCGAGGACGAGAGCGAGGACGGGAAAGAGAUCAUGGUCAAGUGUGAGGACAAGAGUGAGGACAAGAAAAAGAUCAAGGGCAAGUGCGAGGACGAGAAAAUGCAAAUCUGCAUAAGAGACAAGGAGGUGGGACACAUUUAUGAGCUCUACCACACAAGAAGCAACAUCCACCAUAAAGCCUGCCAGCACAAGGUCGUCAGUGCUAUUGAUACCAUGAUAGUGGAUGCUUUCCUUCUAGCUGAUGAAACCCUGAAUAUUUCGGACUCUGUACUUGAUGCCACAAAAUACAGAACGCUGACAGAUUCGAUUUACCAGAUCAUCCUGCAUUACGAGAAAAUAGAAGGAGAAAAUGAAAUGCCGCCGGAUAUGAAAACGGCUCUGGAAAUCCUAAAGAGAAUCGAAAGCCGUGACUUGUACCAGUGUAUUUAUAUUAGUCGCUUAAUGGAUGUGAUACCUGGUAAAGAAACGCAAAAAAGAAAACGUGAGGGUGAAGAUGAACUUGAACAUGAACUUGAAAAAGCAUACAAAGAGUUCAUCCAAAGCAAACAGCCCCACCCACAACAGGAGAAAGAGUACGAGUUUGCCGUAAGAAUCAUCAACUUGGCUUCUGGAAAGAAGGGAGAAGACCCAAUUAAGCAUGUCAAAUUCUACUCAAAGCAAGACCCCUGUACAGCCAAAAAACUGGAAAGAAAGGAAGUCUCCCAGCUCCUCCCAAAUGUCUUUUCUGAGACAGUGCUCCACAUUUUCUGGAAGAAUUCAGAGAUGAGAGAUAAUGUGCAAAACUUCAGAGAUGAUUCUGGCUUUAAGGAAAAAAUAACAGAAUGGUGUGGGAAAAACCAAUACGAGAUGUUGUCUGUAUAAUCAUCAGCCCAUGCCAUUUUGAUACAACAGCAGGAAGUAAAAUUACAAAGGCCAAUAAUACAUUCUUUAUACACCACUGCAGAGAAAAGGCUAAGUAAAAAAUACAUGCAAAAAAAAAAAAAUGACAUUCAUUAGGUAAAAUUUUCAAAUGCCUGACAUGAUAAUUUUUGAAAAAUGUCACAAUAUACAUUUGUACUUGAGUAAUAUAAAGGAGAAAGGCUAUCACAGCUCCUGUCUUCCUGGUAUAAGCUGAAGCAGCUAAAGAAAAAAAAUUCUGUUUUAUUUUAGUGUGUUCAACAAUUGCUUAAAACAAACAUGAUAAAAAAAACAAAAGUGAAUUCACUAAAAAUAUUUUAUGGAAUGCUUUGGGAGAAUAGGAUUUCAUUUUAUUUUCAUUUCAUUUUCACUUUAAUUGUAGAAAAUCAAAAGGCUGUCUUGAUUAUAUUUACCAUUUUUAAUUGUAUGUUAAUCAACUAACAAAUAAUUUUCUUUAUUUGUUAUUGUCUGUUAGAAAUGAUUGAUGCUGGGGGAAAAAAUAGCUGAAAUGUUUGAACUGUAACAUAAAUUAUUUUCAUGCCAUGUCAAUUAUUUACAUGAGACUAAUGAUUUUGUUGUUUCACUCAAGUGGACUUACUCCAAACUGUAAAAUAAACAGGAAUUGUAACAACAACAAUUUAGUAUGAAACAUAUUUUUAAUCUGACAUUCAAUCUAUAGUUGAGGAAAUAUUCACACCACACAAUCUAGGGGAAAAUUCCAUAGUGAUGUGAUGCUGUUGAUAAAAUAGCCAUGUUAAUGUUGACAGAAUGUAGGGAGCAAUAUGGACAUUGCAUAAGUAAUGGGAAUGUCCAAUCAUUUAUAACGUCUGGAUUCUGUUUUAGAGGGAUUAUGCAGAAUACAUUUAAUCCCAGAUCCUUGUUUGUGUUUACUGAACCAUUUGAAUUUAACUUUGAGUAGACUUUGAAUUUUCUAGGUAUUUUUUAAGUGAUCAGCAGCUCAAAUUAAUAAAGCAAGACCUAGAAUAGUGCAGCAAUAAGAUUUCUGUGGCUAUUUGUAACAUGCUGUUAUCUGGAUAUGAUGGAAAUAUGUAUAACCAUAUAUAAAUGAGCUGUACACCUAUAUAUUACAUUUUCAACAUAUAUUACAUGUGUUUGAGUCUGUGGUGUUGAUAAUUUGUGCUAUUUUGUGGGUUGUGUUUUGUGGUUUUGUUUCUUGGUUGUGUUUGAUGUGUAUUUUUUAUGUGAAAAAUCAAGAAAAAUGAUCACAAAAAAAUAAAAAAUAACUAACCCUGUUA